AUGACACAACCGCAGAAGACCAUUGCCGUGGUCAACGCGACAGGCCGGCAAGCGGCCUCACUGAUCCGCGUCGCGUCCGCCGUGGGGUACUCAGUGCGCGCGCAAAUCCAUUCCCUGAAAGGCGUCAUCGCACCAGAACUCCAACAACUCCCCAAUGUAACCCUCCUGCAAGGCCCGCUGCUCGGCAACAUCGCCCUGAUGGACGAGCUCUUCAGAGGCGCCCAGCUCGCCUUCAUCAAUACCACCUCCCAGUCCGGCGACGAGGUCGCCAUCGGCCGUGACCUAGCAGACGCUGCAAAACGUUCCGGCUCAAUCCAGCACUACAUCUACAGCAGUAUGCCGGAUCAUUCUGUUCAUGGUCCUUGGCCUGCGGUCCCGCAGUGGGCGCCGAAGUUCACAGUCGAGAAUUACGUCCGUCAGCUCGGAAUGCCGGCUACUUUCGUCUACGCUGGUAUCUACAAUAACAACUUCACGAGCUUGCCAUACCCGCUCUUCCAGAUGGAGUUACUGGCAGAUGGGAGUUUUGAGUGGCGUGCGCCGUUUGAUCCUGAAAUUCCGUUGCCGUGGCUGGAUGCCGAGCACGAUGUUGGUCCGACUCUGCUGCAGAUUUUCAAGGACGGCACAAAGAAAUGGAAUGGUCAUCGUAUUGCUCUCACCUUCGAGACCCUCUCCCCGUUGCAGGUGUGCGCAGCAUUCUCGCGAGCCCUGGACCGUCCAUGCCAGUACGUCCGCGUGCCCAAGAUCGAGAUCAAGGUCAACAUCCCACCUGGAUAUCGAGAACAGCUCGAAGCGCUGGAGGAGCUAUUCGGCAGAUGCGAUGCCCCCUACUUUCCACAGCCGGAGUUCUCACAGCCCGCCGCGGGCUCACCAAAGGGUCUUGGACCGGCGGGUGGAAAGGGCGCCGGUGCAGGGAUGAUGCAAGGGCCUGGCGGUGUUAUCUCGCUUCGGGUGACAGACGAGUCUCGACAUCUCUGGCAGGGCUGGCGCGAUAUGGAAGAGUAUGCGCGUGAAGUGUUCCCUGUGGAAGAAGAGGCUAAUGGUCUUGACUGGAUGGUUUGA